GGCUGGCUGAGCGAUUGAGCGAGGCGGCAAGGCAGGCGGCGGUGGCGGCCUUCGCGUGUGAGGUACUCAUCGCCCUUCGUCUCUCUCUCUCCCCCACUCAUCGCCACAGCCUUCUCGUCGUCGUCGUCUUCUUGUCAACACGAAGCGGUCCGCCUCCCUCUGCCACCCGCUCUGCUCGACACGGCUUGACAGAAGGGAGUCUACCAUGGCGGAGGCGGUGGAGGAUGGGUUUCGCCUGAAGAACGUCCAAAUGAUGCCCGAGCUGCUGGGAGAGCUGUGUGAGCUCCGUCAGACGGGCUCCUUCUGCGACGUCGUCGUGGAGGUGCAGAGCCGGCGCUACCUGGCCCACAAGGCCGUGCUGAGCAGCACCUGCAGAUACUUCCGGACCGUUCUCUUCAAUGCUCCCUGUAGCAGCCUGGGUCCAUUUGUGUUGGACUUUGUGGGGGUGGUGGCCUUUGAGAAGGUCCUCGACUUCCUGUACCGCGGGGACGUGUUGGUCGGCCGGGGUGACGUGCGCGAACUCUACAGUGCGGCGCAGAACCUAGGCCUCGAGUCGCUCGAGCUGAUCAUCCAGCCCAUCCUGGAAACGCUCGACGAUGUGGACGAGAUCGCAAAUGGUACCAGCACCUCCUUCGAUGAUGAUGUGCAACAGGAGCGAUACACUGCAGACGUCAGGGAGCUGGUUCAGCUGAAAAAGAGAACCGAGAGCGCAAACUUCAAAGACAGGAAAGCGCGGGUGAGCUGCGAUGUAAAAACUGAGCGCGUUAACAAUACACAGUGUCUCCAGGAGCGAUAUGCAGGUCACGAGUCGGCCAUUGAGGGCUGCGGAAAUGAAAAGGACCUGUUUCCCACCUUGGGUCCGAGAUUUUUGAGUGGUUCCGAUGACAGCCAGGGUAGGUGUAGGAGAAACUCUGAGCAGCAGUCCAUUAUCGGAUUUCACAAUGGGAGCUCCGGAGAUCAGGUCAGAACUGACGGAAUCUCGCACGGGUCCACAGAGGAUGAAAAUGGACAGCUGCCCCUCCCCAUGAUAGAGGUAAAACAAGAGCUGGAUGACGAGAGUAAUAUGUGUUCCUACGACACUGCCGACAUUGUUGGUAGCCAAGGAAUGCACGCGAAAGAAGACAAGAUUGAGAUUUUGCAGAAUGAACAAGAUUAUAACGUUAUUGGAGUGGAAGGAAAGUACAUGCCAACGGCGUUAAUGACGGCCUCAGGCUUGAAAAACGAAACGCCUGAGGAAGGAUCAGUUGUUGACUCUCCAAAGGCGUACGGGUACGUGCAGUGCCAGAUCUGCGGAGAGACCCUGGAAGAGAACAUGUCCUCUCUGCGUGAGCAUGCAACGAUGCAUGUCGAUCGCGAGACUCUCGAGUGCAGGGUGUGCAGGCGCAAGUUCAGCCUCUUCAACAGGGCCGUGGAGCAUAUCCUGUCCCACGCCGGCAUCACGGUCCUCUCCUGCAAUGACUGCGGUAAGAAGCUGCUUUCCCCCGCGCGGCUCAGCCUGCACUACAAGAACUGCAAGAUGCGUAAAUCGUACGCCGGUCGGCAGAACGCCUGGCAGCGCCAGCAGCCUCCGCAGCAGACGUCUGACGGGAUAGCGGACACCUCGGACGAUGGUUACGGCUCCAUGCCGUGCCAGGUGUGCGGCAUGGCCGUGCCCAAGAAGAUGGCGGUGGUGCGGAGGCACGCGCGGCUGCACGUGGACAUGGAGAAGCUGGUGUGCAAGGUGUGCGGCCUGCAGACAACGUCGAGCGGAAACCUAGUGAAGCACACGCUGCUUCACAUCGGCGUGUUCAUCCACGAGUGCAGCGUGUGUGGCAAGGGCUUCCCUUUCCAGAGCCUGCUACAGCAGCACCAGCGGCGCAUGUGCAUGGUGCAGGAGGCGGUGUCUACGCCGGACGCGCCGGGGCCGGAGUCCGGCUCGUUUGCUGGAAACCCCCAGGUGGCGGAGGCCGUGCACUUUUACCUGCAGUCAGGAUCAUUCCAGUCGUCUGCGCCGGUGGAAGGCGAAAAUAGUUUCCAGACGUAAACGCGUAUUUACGUGUGGCACAAACCAACGAGGGUUUCGUGUGUCUUAGUGUUUCUUAUGCGUGUAAUUUGUAUUAUUAUUUUGAAAUGUUCAUAAAAUAAAAUAAGCUGUUAAUUAUAUUGAUGAUGCUUAUAGGUAUCGUUUUCAUAUUUUGACAUUUUUGAACUCUUAAUCUCGCAUAAGUGCUUUUGUUCAGCGUAUGUAUUGCGUGCUUUACAAACACUGUUGCAUAUUACAUUUGCAAACACCUCGUCAAUGGACCAAUUGACAUACAGCCCAUGUCUAUGAUAACUGCAUAAGUAAGUUAUAUAUUUCCCUUUGUCCCCUUUUUUUCAAUCCUUUUUAUUUAUUAUUUUUAACAUUCUGCAUUCCAAUAAUUCCACGUUCAUCAAUUAAAUGAUGUUGUGCGUAUAAACCUUUACAUAAAAUCCAUCCCGUUGAAAAGUAAGGGAUUGUACAGCUGAAACAUUCUGACAAUUGUGCCAAACUAAAGACACGUGUCAACAUUUGAGAGAGCUUGUGCAUGUUUGUAAUAUGCUGUAUUUGUGCUUUGCUGGUGUUGCAGGACUAUUUUUUAAAAAUACACAGCAUUGUCUACCUUUAUAAUAACAUUCAACUUUCACGUAGGGAAUUUUAAACACGUGCAUCCGUAUGUUUCUUUAUUCCUUUUUUGGUGCAUUCACAAAAUGUAAUGAUCAGGUCUCAAGGGUAUACUGGGCUCUUAACCUGAAAAAAAACUCUUGGUCCCCAUAUCGGUAGGUCUGGAUUGCAACUGUCCACAAUGAUCCAUAUGUUAUUGGGCAGAUGUCGUCACUGACUGUUGGUUAUUUCAACUUGGGUCUAAUGGGCUCCCUGGGCUUUUGGUCGCAAACUAAUGCUCAUCGGCAAGGAGCCUUGAAGCUGUUACGACGAACCUCCCGAAUACCCUGUCCCUUGUGCCAUGGUUGCUGCAUGGUAAAAAAAUAUUUUGCAGGCAUGGUAAAAAAACAAUUGUUCUUACCUCUCCUUGUUUAAAAAUAAGUGGUGUCUUGCAAGAUGAUUACAGAGGUACAGAUACAUUGGACUAAACCCUUAGGCAAAAUCCCUGCUCAGCAGAGCCUCCUGCGCCUGUAACCUUGGGGAGUCUUUAGUUGUAAUUCUGCAGAAGAAAUUCAUUCUUGGAAGUCACUCCAUUAUCAACUGCUGGCUUUCACAUCACGUGUGCUGUGAAUAAUCUCCUCCGUAUACUUUCUUUUUGUCCAAAGUGUGUUAUUUUUGGCUUUAUACCCUUCGUGGUUUUCCCAUUUGCAAGUACCUCGUGGUUAGUGUUGGCGAGUCAUGUCGCCAGUUAAUAAAUACAAUUUUCUUAAAGGCCUAUGACCAAAUCUCUCGGAAAUUCCCAGAUCUGGGAAGCUAAUCAUGCCUGAUGCUUUGAUGGGUGGCCACAUGCACAAUGGUUUAUUGACUGGGACGACAUAGCAAGCAGCAGAGGGUUGUGCAAGAGCCAAUGCUGUGCUGUACUGCUAUGCUCCCGGGUCUACAAUCCCUUGCCUUCAUAAUAUACAUAAUAUAGGUUUUUGGGUCAGAUCGCGAUAUUUAUAAAUGUGUCGUAACCCUCCACCACCCGACACGGCCAAACAGUAAAAAAUGUGUCACGUUUUCAUUAACUCGCACCGACCAGUCCAGUGGGAUUCUGGUAAAAUAUCCUCCAUGACAUUGACGGAUAAAGAGAGGCCCUCCUUCAGCAGUAUAUUGGGGAAAAAAGGGCUGUACAUGUAUGUUAUCAGAUGUAACGGAACUAGCAACACAAGUACAACUUUUUGUCUUUUGUUACAUAAAAGGCGUGUUGACAAAUGCGCUGACGUUCGAUGAACACUUUCCACAGAACCCCAUCACAGUUUUCACUAAAACGAAAGACAUGUUGCUUUGUUUAUUUCCUUUGUGCUCUAUAUCCUUAAAGGGCCACUUACCGAACACUGGGAUGGUUUUGUCGUACUGUCUUGCUGUAGUUGAUGGAAAGUGGUUCACUGGUUUUUCUCCAUUACUCAAUGGCCACUGUUUGGUGUGAAUUGACAUGGAUUUCAUGUUUGCUACGGGCAGCGUCUGUACCCUGACCCCUUUUGCAACUUAAAAACGUUUUGCAACUGCUGAACACAACCAAAAAAGGUGUUUGUAAUUUUAAUAACUUAAGCAGCUGAGCAACUCCUUCAAGCUGGUAUCUUGUAUAUUCCAACCAGGGAACAUUUACUUCAUGUUCAUUAACUUACCAUAUAACAUGGACAGUUUUUGAGUAUUCCGUCCAAUGUAAAAAUAUGGUGCACAAUUUGUGUUAUGUUUUAUAAUCAAAACAUGGUUAUAUAAUUCUAUGGCAAAAUUAUUCUGCAACAAGCUUUUAACAAAUCUGGGCUUAGGUGAUGGCGAUUGGGUUAAAGUUUGCAUUGUCACGUUUUGAAUUGGAAGUCUUGUUAAUUAUUUUGUAAUAAACGUGUAAAAAAUGUAUGUAAGCGAUUUUUGUAACACUCCUAUAAUUAUGCUGAAUCUCACAUCCUUUGGUAAUGGUCCCGGUUUCAACAAUUAACAUUCUGCCAAUUGUGCUCUAUACUUGCCAGUUAUAUUUACCUUUUUGUUCUACGAAAAUAGCGCAUGGUUUCUCCUUCGCUAACCAUCCACUUUUACAGCUUCUUUUUCAUUAAAACUGUUUCUUUUCUUUGACUGCAACAUAAAAUAAAAGUGUAACAAUUGAGAGCAUUGGAUUUUUACUCAUGAGGAGGGUCAAAUGUACCUUUUGGUGUGCAGUGGUUAAAUAGGAAGUUAAGGUAACUCGUUGUGUUUUAAGAAAUGCAUUUAUGAAUACAUAAGUCAUUACAAGUGCAUAAAACUGAGGCUCUUUUGGGAGGGAUGGAUGAAGUCUUCCCAAAUGGACAGGCGCUUUCCAUGGCUUAUUUAUUCCAUUGUGACUGAUCGGGUAGCAUAUGUCUUAUACACCCCUAUCCUGCCCCCAGUUUUCCAAUGCAAGUAAUGGCUGUGUUGCAUGCAUAUAUACAUGCACAUAUAUGUAGCGAUACACAUGUGCUAACACGGUUCUUGAAAGUGAGACUCAACUAUUGCAGCGCAACAGAUGUGUCCUUUAAUCCACGCAAUUGGCCCAUCUCGGCAAACAGCGCUCAGUGUCUUCAUUGCAGAAGCUCAAGGGUUGCCCUCUGCUCUCGCAGCAAGUGGAUAUUCUACCACUGGGACCUGUUGCAACGAAACGGCCCCAGCAGAGGGCUCUGUGGCAGCCCAAGAAUACUGAUGAUGCCUGUCAUGCCGACAACUUGCAGUGUGCUCGUUUGCUUAAAAUGUUGACAUGAGAGUGAAUGUUUCAUAUAUGGUGUAUAUUGUUAAAUAAUUCAUUGCAGAGUUCAGUGCCCACCUUCCUUGUAAGCUCACCCAAGCUAUUAUUUAAAGGAUAUAAAUAGAAAAGCUUGGAUGAACGACAUUUAAACCACUAAACACUUUUGUCAGAGAAAAUGAUUGCGUCUUUUUAGGCACGUUCUGUUCGAAGGAUGAUAAAUGUGCAAGUUUGCAUUGCUCGCCUUUUAAUCUGUUAACAAUUAUGACAUUUCAUUGCAUACUCUAAGGAUAAAGGCAAGGUGGGGGCUCGUGACCAGUAGGAGGCUGAUAUAUCUGAAAAUGUUAUGUUGAUAAUGGAAAUAUUUUCAGUGUGUAACUUCAUUUUUAGUUGUGGAUAGUUAAUUUUUUUGUUUUGGUUAUUUUUAACGCGCCAGACCAUACUUUUAAAAAUAACAACCUAAAGUAGAUAAAUGAAAAUAUGAAAAAACUUCAAUAAAUAUAUUAAAACAAUCUCUUUGGUUUGCAUCUGAUUUAUCUAGGGGAGUCUGCUGCGUUUACAGCUGAAUUGUUUUUGUAAUUAUCCUCUGGUUCUUUCGGCCGAAACGUCGUGUUUUAUUAUUUUGUUCUACCUACGUCAUUUUACCGAAAGAACCAGAGAGAGUAUGGAUUCCUGCAGUCACGAAAGCUUCAAAUCAAGAUUGUUUUUGUAAUUGUUUUAUUGGUGAAGCUUAAAAGAAGAGUUUUUAAUCGGUAUGUAUAACUGCUAUAACGUGGUUCACAAAUGCCAGGACACGCCGAUAAAAGGGAUGAUGCUCAAGAAUAAUGGAGUGGGCAGCCAAGGAAAGGAAAUGUGUCUGAGGAUGUCCAUCGAGGAAUUAGUGUGAAAUAAAGCUGGUUUGCAGAUGAU